AUAGAGCCGGGUAAACGUCCGCCAAGAUGGCGUCGGCGCGGUACCGGCGCUUCUUGAAGCUCUGCGAGGAGUGGCCCGUGGAGGAGACCAAGCGCGGGCGUGAUUUGGGAGUCGUGGUGCGGCAGAAAGUGAUGCAGGCUUUCCGUGAGGGAGAGAAUACUCAGAUUGCCGACCCAGUGACUUGCGAUGAAAUUUUUGAAAGUUUAGCCAAAAUUCAUACUAACUAUUAUAGAAAUAAGUAUCCACGUCUGAGAGAUACAAACUUCUCUGGAGUGCCAGUGGAGGAAUGCAAGUUAGUUCUUGCAACAGAACAACUGAAGCAACUGGAAGAAGGAAAGCUUGGAAAAUUGAAAAGGUUACGUGAAAAAUUCUCUGCCAAGCAUCACAAAGAAGAUUCCAAAUAAUAACUCAGUCAUUAACUGGUUUUGUAAAGCACUGUUUUUGCCAGUACAGCUAAACCUCCUUGUUACCAGCAAAGAACAAUGGAAAGCUAUUCUGGAAUGGGAUAAACUAGCUCCAUUUGACUACAUGGUUUAUGAAGACUUAGGAAGUCCAUCUGAAGAACUGGAAAUGAUAUAGUUAUAUGCUAUGGGUUUUUACCUAUCUGCACUAGUGAAUGUCAUCUUGCAGCUGAUGUGUUGGACCCUAACAGAACAUGUAGUUCAUGUCAAAAAAAAUAUCUAACAUUGGGAUUCUGUGAAA